CAUUUGGGCGCCAACAAUGUGUUUCUUUUUCUUAGCUUAUGACUGACUCUAGUACAGAAUUGCCCGAAUUUGAACACCCGUUGCAGAAACAUCCUCUAAACUUUACCAACAUUAAGCAAGGGAGUACAUUUUACUCACUAACAGAGGCGCAGAGUUUGGAUUUUCUGCUGGAUGUCGCUCCAACUACUUCUCCUGAAGGCAUACCAAGUAUUUCUGUUGACGAGGAAGAAACGCCUGCAUAUUCGGGAAGCAUAGUUUCCGAUGAGGCACCUGCUUUGUUCGAGCGACCGAUGACGAAGUCUUUGUCUUCGUCUGUUGUGAGGCAAACGAACCAAAACAUCGGUCUUGAAGAUCCACUACAGUUGGACGUGUCUUUUAGUCCACCAAACGAUGGUGUAGACGAAGCACAGAAACAGAUUGUUGAUGACGAUGGCUCCAUUUCGAAAUAUUUGCAAGGUGAGAACGAUCAAGCACCUAGCUUUAUCAGUGAUAUUCAGUUGAAGUCUCCAUCAGAAACGAAAAACUUGUUUCUUAUUGAUGUUUUCGUAUCAGCAAAACAAGUCGAUGGAGAAGAAGUGCAAAGAGGAAUGGAUAAAAAGAGAGAGGCAUUCAAGUCAGUGUUAGAAAGCAAUGCAAAUAGGGAAGAAACAGAGGAAGGUUUCAUCGUCAUAUCGGUGGAACGAAGCAAGAAUGAUUUUACUGCGUUAGAUGCCAUGUUAAGAAGAAAGUAUCGUUUUUGUAUAUUUCCUUCUUUACCUUGGGAAAGUUUGACGGAUCGCUUUCGCUAUCGCGGUGAUUCUAUCUACCAUUUACGAAAGGACUAUGAACGAUAUUUGGGGAGAAUCAAUGGACAUCCUGAGUUGGGUUACUCGGAUGAGUAUCUUGCGUUUCUCGGAGGUAGUAAAGAUGGUAAAUCGUGGUCCGAGAGACGCAAUGAGUUUCUCCAAGACGAUGAUCAGAUUCUAAAGGAUGACAUGAGGUAUAGAUUUGGAAAGAAUUGGGCAGAAUGGGCUCGUUUGCAAGCAUCGGAAGCUACGAAGGAAUUGCGCAAAGGUCUAUCUUUAAUAUUUGAAGUUCAUCCUACGAAAGAAAUUGAUACCCAGGAAUCGGUAUUGGCAAGAAUGGAGAAAAUUGAUAGAUAUCUCAAGUCCUUGGAGAAUGCACUUGUUUCAGCUAACAAAUCUUUAGAACAGUUUGUUGAACGUCGUAGCGGUUUAUCAAAUCUUGUUAAAUCCUUGGAAAACUGUUUUCAUGAGCGAAGUAGCCAAGAAGGAACAAAGAUGGGAGAGAUUUUCUCUAGCGUCGCAGAAUCUUUUGCAAAGGAUAUCCAUCCAAAGUCACAAGGUGAAGAAAUGUUGGUUACUGUGUUGCGAGAUUAUUCGUUUCUUGCUCGUGAUGCUCGUCGUGUCCUUCGUGAACGCUUGAAUGCAUAUGAAUCAUAUGAAAGAGCUCUAUCCAAGUACAAUGAAAAGAUUCGAAAGCUUGAGAACUUAUCUCAAGUUUCAUCAAAUGUUCAUAAUCACGAUUCUUCUAGUGGUCUCACAACUUGUGAAGAUCAAUUGGACCAGUGUCGUCAUUUUUAUGAACAGGCAGCUUAUAGAACAGAUUCUGAACUGCGAAGGUUUCGAUUGGAAUAUCACUUAGAAAUGAAUAGAGCACUCUAUCGACUUGCUUAUGAAUAUUGGAAAUUUCAUAUGGAUUCCGGGAAAAGUUGGGAACAAGUUUUCAGACUUUGUGACAAACAAUACAACUUUUUGCAGCAACAAACCUCCCAAAGAUGAAAUUUAUAUAUAACUUGUUUCUCGAAUGGAAUCCCUAAUUUCUUCCAUUUCCCAUUCCGCCCUACCCGUCAACCUCAACAACAGGUUAUGAUACCUUUGUAAC